GCCGCGGCAGCCAUGUUGGACGUGGCCAGCACAGUGGCCGGCACCAGGGGGUUAUCAAAGCUGCUGUCAGCGAUGCUGGGGUCCCUGAUGUUAAAGAGAACAGCGCCAGCGCCGCGACUCCUCCUCCAGCUGCUUAGGUCCCCAACGCUCCAGAGCCGUGGAGGUGACUCCUGCGGGAGUGUUACUACCGGCGGUCGCGGGGAGCCGCAGUGGCUGAGGGCGGCCGUCGGGGGGCGCCCUGGAACAUAUCCGGCCUUGUUCACCGGAGGGGCAGCCACCGGGGGGCGCCAGAAAGGACACACCGAGACCCAGUGCCUCGCAGCCGCCACAUGGGGACGCCUUCCUUUUCCUGAAGAAGCACUCCCGGAGCAGGACACCUGGAGCGCGGUACCCGGCAGGACUGGAAUGGGAAUGUGGGCUCUGGCUACGGCUCUGGUGGUUCACUGUUACAGCAAGAGCCCAUCCAACAAGGAUGCAGCCAUGAUGGAAGCUGCUCGUGCCAACAAUGUCCCAGAAGUCAGCAGGCUGUUGUCAGAAGGUGCAGAUGUCAAUGCACGGCACAAACUUGGCUGGACAGCACUUAUGGUGGCAGCCAUCAACCGAAACAGCAGCGUGGUGCAGGUUCUGCUUGCUGCUGGUGCUGACCCAAACCUUGGGGAUGAUUUCAGCAGUGUUUACAAGACUGCCAAGGAGCAGGGAAUCCAUUCUUUGGAAGUCCUGGUUACCCGAGAAGAUGACUUCAACAAUCGGCUGAACAACCGCGCCAGCUUCAAGGGCUGCACAGCCCUGCAUUACGCCGUCCUUGCCGAUGACUACCGCACUGUCAAGGAGCUGCUUGAUGGAGGAGCCAGCCCCCUGCAGAGGAAUGAAAUGGGACACACACCCUUGGAUUAUGCCCGAGAGGGGGAGGUGAUGAAGCUUCUAAAGACUUCUGAGGCCAAGUACCAGGAGAAGCAGCGAAAGUGGGAGGCCGAGGAGCGGCGCCGCUUUCCCCUGGAGCAGCGGCUCAAGGAGCACAUCAUUGGCCAGGAGAAUGCCAUCGCCACAGUGGGUGCUGCAAUCCGGAGGAAGGAGAAUGGCUGGUAUGACGAAGAACACCCUCUGGUCUUCCUGUUCUUGGGAUCAUCUGGAAUAGGUAAAACAGAGCUGGCCAAGCAGACUGCCAAGUAUAUGCACAAAGAUGCUAAAAAGGGCUUCAUCAGGCUGGACAUGUCUGAGUUCCAGGAGAGGCAUGAGGUGGCCAAGUUUAUUGGGUCCCCUCCAGGCUACAUUGGCCAUGAGGAGGGUGGCCAGCUGACCAAGAAGCUGAAGCAGUGCCCCAAUGCAGUGGUGCUCUUCGAUGAGGUGGAUAAGGCCCAUCCAGAUGUCCUCACCAUCAUGCUGCAGCUGUUUGAUGAGGGCCGGCUGACAGACGGAAAGGGGAAGACCAUUGACUGCAAGGACGCCAUCUUCAUCAUGACCUCCAAUGUGGCCAGUGACGAGAUUGCACAGCACGCCCUACAGCUGAGGCAGGAAGCGCUGGAGAUGAGCCAUAACCGUAUCGCCGAGAACCUUGGGGAUGUCCAGAUCAGUGACAAAAUCACCAUUUCAAAAAACUUCAAGGAGAAUGUCAUUCGCCCCAUCCUUAAAGCUCACUUUCGGAGGGAUGAGUUUCUGGGACGAAUCAACGAGAUCGUCUACUUCCUCCCCUUCUGCCACGCGGAGCUCAUCCAGCUGGUCAACAAAGAACUGAACUUCUGGGCCAAGAGAGCCAAGCAAAGGCACAACAUCACCCUGCUGUGGGACCGCGAGGUGGCAGAUGUGUUGGUUGACGGCUACAAUGUGCACUAUGGUGCCCGCUCCAUCAAACAUGAGGUGGAACGCCGCGUGGUGAACCAGCUGGCAGCUGCCUAUGAACAGGACCUGCUGCCUGGGGGCUGUACUCUGCGCAUUACCGUGGAUGACUCAGACAAGCAGCUACUCAAAAGCCCUGAACUGCCCUUGCUGCAGGCUGAGAAGCGUGCACCCAAGCUGCGGCUGGAGAUCGUCGAUAAGGACAGCAAGACCCGCAAGCUGGACAUCCAGGCACCACUACACCCUGAAAAGGUGUGCCUCACCCUCUAGCUUCUACCUACCUGCCCAUACCUGCCCUCAGUAUCCAAUAAAGGCCCUGUGGCUGUGGCACAGCAACUGACCUAUCUUCCCCUCAUGCUUCCUCCUCCUCUCCAUCCAGCCUCAGGCCUGCUUACCUCCUUAGCCCCGAAGGCCCAAGCAGCAGUUUUGCCCUCCCCUGACUCAUUUGUUGCAGGCCCAAAACGUGCUAAUAAGUCUCCGGGAGCAGAGCUGCCUCCCCACCGAUUAAGGCAGGGAGGAGAGGGCAGUCCCUUGUAUCUGUCCUGCAGCAUGAUCCCCAUGCUCCAUAGUCUCUGAAAAUUUGCCAUGUUACCAGAAGGUUCAGAAGUAUGGCACCUAAGAACAUAACUGACUGGAAGAACACAGGGACCAGUCUGUGACCUGCCACGCUUGCUGGCCCUCGUGCAUCUGAGUCCCCAGAAUGUGUCCACAGAGAGUGGAGAAAUGCAGAGGCCUGCAUGCAGAGAUUCUGCUUGAGGCUAUGGCUUCCUCUUUUUCAUACCCUAAAAUUCUAAGGGGAAGGGACCCAUAGAACCCUUUUCCCCUUCCACCGCCAUAUCAUAGCUACUGUUCUUCCUCACCCACAUGUUCUGGGAUCAGGCCAGACCAAGUUUCUCCAGCCUUGGAACUAGGCUGGUGGUCAGACACCUCUGUGAGGGAGGCUGACUGGGUCACUCCCCUGCCCUACUCUGGGACUGGAUAAUAGUAUCAAAUGACCAAGCAAGCUCAGCUCUACAGGGCCUCCUUCAGGAUGCCAAAAACAUACACACUGGGGAGCUGUAGGGGGACAGAUCAUGGGGUCAGGCUUUGCCCAAGUGGCCAUGGAGUGUGCCUCAGCCCUGUCUAUACUAUUGUCUCAGCUGAGUUAGCCUGGAAUAAACAGCUGCCCCAUGCAGUCCAUAUCAAGUCACAAAGCAGAGGAUCUGCAUUCCAUCCCCCAGGGCAUUCCACAGUCCAGCCGUGUUUCAACCUCAGCUUAGCAGGGCACAUCAAGGCCUGGUGUAUACGUGCGCACCAUCUGUAGUAGCUACCAUUGAUGACCACCCAUCACCUGCCCCCUGUAGGGCCAUUUUGGAAUCCUCUUUUGGUGUUAACUAAUCUCUCUCAGGAAGCAGAAAAUGGGGGCCGAAAUAAGUCCCCUGGUUGUGCAAGAAUGUAAUAACAAUAUCGUGGGUAUGAGGCAGUCAGAAGCCAGGACGUGGACUCUGCAGAUGCUCUAACAACCACUCUCUAGAGAGGCUAGAUGGUGAUUGUAGUCUAGUGAUUAUGUCUGCUGCUUCCUACCUCAGUAAUAGCUAUUCUGUUAUUAUUAUUACUUCUUGUUUUUAAAUAAUUAUAGACACAGAAAACAGCAAAACAGUAGAGUCCCCAUUACCCUUCACCGGGCUUCUAAUUCUAACAUUUUACAAAACUGUAGUACAGUUAUUAAAACCAGGAAAUUAACAUUAAUACGGUACUACUGUCUAAUCUAUAGACAUUCAGAUUUUACCAGCUUUCCUGCUGACAUCCUUUUUCUGGUCCAGGAUCCCACCUUGCUUUUUGUUGUAACGUUUCCUUCGUCAGCUUCAGGCUGUAACAGUUCCUCCAUCUUUCUUUACCUUUCAUGACUUUGACACUUUUGAAAUGCCCAGGACAGUUAUUCUGUAGACUGUCCCUCAGUUUGGGUUUGCCUGCUGUUUUCAAAUGAUCAGACUGAGGGUCUGCGUUUUUGGCAUUCAAAUGAUCAGACUGAGGGUCUGUGUUUUUGGCAGGACUACCCUAGUAGUGGUGCUUGUGCUUUCUCAGUGUCUCACAGUGGAGGUGGUGUUAGCUUUGAUCACCUGCCUGAGGCGGUGCACACCAGCUUUCUCCACUGUGUAAUUACUAAUUUCCUCUUUAAAAUGAAUAAGAAUCUUGUCGGGAGAUACAUUGAAGCUGUGCAAAUGUCUAAUAUAUCCUUAGCAUUUUUGCACUGAUUUUAGCAUCCAUCAGUAGUUCUUGCUUUCAGGUAUUAAUGUUGUGGUUGCCUAAUGAUGACUUUCUGUUUCCCUAUUCCAUCUGUAUUUAUUAAUCAGUAUUCUACUGUAAGGAAGAGCUGUCUCUUUCUAACCUUUUAUUUAUUCACUAAUUUAUUUAUAGCAGUAUAAACUGAUGGAUAUUUGUUUUAUUUUAUGGGUAAUAAUCUAAUAUUAACAGUGUCUUUUAUUGCUCAUAUUGGCCUAGGUUGGCCAUUGGGAACUCUUUCAGGUUGGCUGCUAUAUUGUUUCAACAUUGCCCACCCCGACCCCCAUUUCUAUUUUUAAUUUUUUUAGCGCUUCCUUACUUUCUAGUACCACAGGAUGUUCCAAGCUCACUCAUAUUUUCCCUGUCUCAGCCCUGUUAGCAGCCCUUUCUCCAAAGAGCUCCUGGUUCCAUUUGCUCAAGAAUGGUACUUAGAAACCAAGAUCUGGGCACUAGGUGUAUUCACUGCUGCUCAAGUGUCAUUGCUUCUAGGCCCUUUCAGCACACAGAGCUAGGAAAUAUAUGUAUGUAUGUUAACACAUAUAUCAUACACAUUUGAAUUUAUUAUUGUAUUUAUCCAUGUGUAUUAUUAAAAACCGUAAAUUCAUAUUGAUACCUACAAUUCCAAUGCGAUACCAUAAUUUGUGACUGUCAUUAUUAUGACUUUACUAUUUUUUUCCUGCUUCUUCCUCUCCUACUAUCCUUGUUUCUUCUCCUUUCACUCUGCUAUUCAGACUUCCCUUAGAGGCCCUAAUUAAGUCAGUGGCCAUCCUGUAUGAAACAUUCCUAUUGAAUAAAGUUCAUACAACUGGCUGUCA